UGAAUAUUUAAAUCCUUGCAGUUGUCCAACGAUGGAAGCCACUCCACCCAGUAAACGGAAGAGGAAGGCAAACUGGGGGGAGAAAGAAACUUUCCGCCUGGCAGAACUGUACAUGGAUGAGGUACAAACCUUGAAGUCCAGCUUCAAGAUGCCGGGAGUUUAUAACAUGAAGAAACAUGAGAUAUGGGAACAAAUAGCCGAGGAGUUGAAUAACUCAUUCAACAACUACAGGACCUCGGCUGAAGUGAAGAAACGCUGGUUCUUCAUAAGUUCCCGGUCUCGGCAAAAAAUCCAGCGAUUCCGUGAGGAACGGAAUAGGACAGGUGGUGGUCCUCCUCCCCCUCCACUGGAUCCCAUUGACGAACUAAUUGAGGAUAUUCUGGGACCAGACAGCAAAACAAUAAUGGGUGAGCCUCAAGUCGAUGAUCUGAUGGAUGUCCUGCGUGCUGACAUAAAGGACGUGAGACCUGCUGCAGGAGGAGCAACAGCAGAUCCGUUGGUCGGUAUCAAUAGCCACGAAUCUGCAGAUGCACCAACUGUAAUAUAUGUUGAUGCAUCUGCAGAAGAAGCGCUUCCCCCUUCAUCCACCCCCUCAGAAGAUCCCACCACGGGACAAAUGGGAGCUGUAAAGGCAGUGGAGUCUGCUGCCCAGGAACACAAGGCAGCUGCUCAGGCAGUGGCAUCCGCUGCACGGGCCCAAGAGGCAGCUGCCCGAGCACAGGAGUCCGCUGCGAGGGCCAAGGAGUCCGCUGCGAGGGCCAAGGAGUCCGCUGCGAGGGCCAAGGAGGCAGCUAUGCGGGCCAAGGAACAGGCUGCCAAGGAGAAAAUUGAGGCCAUGAGGCUUAAAGCUAGAUACUAUAAAUUUAAACUAGAAAAUAAUUAAACAUACAACCAAA